AAGCCAUAUACAGUACCAGGUUGCAUGGAUCUGCCAUGAGAAAGUGACUGAACCAUGUCUGCAAAGAGGUAGUCUGUGGGAGCCGAACAUUGAAGGGAUGAGCCUGGGUGACAGUUCUGUUAGGGUGAGCUUUGACCCAGCCCUGGAGCCAGCCAGUUACGGCAUCUAUGUGACCAGUUUUCAAAAUGAAACGGAAUGCAAGACAGGCGCAAAAGAGAUCGUAGAGGAAGGGCUCCAGCAGCGACUGAACGUCACAGUUGAAAUCGAGAAAAAUUUGAAGACUUGUUGCUCAUACAAAGUUCAGAUCCAGCCAUUCUUUGCAGCUUGUGGCACAGAUUGUUGGAGGCACUCUGCUUCCAUCCCAUGUCCCCCAUCUUUUUUCCUGCCUACGAUGAGCAUUGCCAGAGAGAAUGGAACUGAUUCUUCCGUAUGGAUAUCCUGGUGCAGCACUCUCGUCUGCUUUUUAGUAGUCGGGGGUAUUGUUGCUUGGGUUUUUUGUCAUGCUCGAAAAUAUGAAGGACCACGUUCUGGAACAAGUAAUAACGACGGUGCACACCAUGGUCUGCUGGACAUUCCGCAGCCUCCCCAGCAACUGAAGCCCAGAAAAGUUUGGGUUGUGUAUUCUGCUGAUCACAAGCUGUAUGUCGAUGUCGUGAUGAAGUUUGCUCAGUUCAUGCGCACAGUCUGUGGAACUGAGGUGGUCUUGGAUCGGCUGCAGGAGAAUGAGAUUUCCAAGGUGGGAGCCAUGUGCUGGCUCACCCGGCAAAAGCAAGAAAUGGAAGCUCACUCGUCCAAGAUCAUCAUCUUGUGUUCUCGAGGGACUCGUGCCAAGUGGCAGGCCAUGCUUGGGCACAAGGAAAGCUCCGUCUCUCUCAGGGAAGACAACCUGCUGCCAAGUGGGGACUUGUUCAUCCCUGCUUUGAAUCUGAUCCUGCCAGAUUUCAAGCAGCCAGCUUGCUUUGGCACGUACCUGGUCUGCUAUUUUGAGGGCAUAAGUAACGAAAAGGACAUUCCAGACCCAUUCAAUGUCACCUCUAAGUACCAGCUGAUGGACAAGUUUGAAGAAGUUUACUUCCUGAUUCAGGAUCUUGAGAAGUUUGAGCCAGGGCGAGUUCAUAAGAUUCUGGAGAUCUCUGCUGGAAAGUAUAGUGAAAGCCCAAGUGGCAGGAAGCUGAAAGAAGCCGUGCAGAAGUUCAAGGAAUGGCAGACUGAGCACCCUAAUUGGUUUGAAAGAGAAAAUGUUGGUUGUGAUGGAGAAGGUGAUCUGCAGUCUCUGAAUGGGGAGCUCUGUGAGGAUGUAACACUGGAUGAGGGGGGGAUUUGGAAGCAGCAGCUACUUCCACGGGAGCCUGAUCCUGACAGCUGUUGCAUGGUCGACCUCUGUAUCAAUGAGGAGGAGCAUGGAAUCUGUAAACUGCUACCGCGGCUCCCUCCACAAGAGGAUCCGGCAUUCCAAACCUUGAUCAUUCCUGCAGAUGAUGAGAUUUCUGCAGUCCAGGUAGUAGAGCCAGUUGCUGUUGCAGAAGAGAGAGAGAUAUUCAGCCAUCAGCUAUUGACCAAUGGAGACUGGCUUGAAGGAGGAGACCCAGUUCGGGAGACAAGCAUGCUAAAGAGGAACAGCAUUCUCCUUCAGGAAGAACUGUCCUCAAAUGCUCAGCCCCUACCGGCUGAUAUGAGGCAACAGUUGGAGGGACUGAUGCUUUCUCUCUAUCACCAAAGCCUUGCCUUUUCAGAACCUCCCAUCUGCCAGGAGGUUAUUAAUGAACACCAGCAGCCUCUAGUUUUUGAGGAGAUGUGCAAAGAUCAGAGAGAGUCGAUGCAAUCGGACCAAGGUUACAUUUCCAGAUGUUCUCCUUUGCCUUCGGAUGGCCCUGUUGAGGAGGAGGAGGAAGAGGAAGAGGAAAAAUAUCAGGAAAGCCACAGAGAUGCUGAGCAUCUUUCCCCAAACAUCAUGGACAGUCUAAAGAGUCUGCAGCAGCAGCUGUUUUUCCAGGACAUUCAGCAGAACUCCAACUGGAAUUGCAAGGGAGGGAGAACAGAGGGUGUUCUCUAGAGGCUGCUGACCCAGCUUUGUGUUGGUGGCUGUAGGUUGAGCGCGCAAACAUUUCUCAGGUUCUGCACUCAGGCAAGUUUGGGUGUUUUUCAGCACCCAUUUUUAUGAUGAAGGCUUAUGGACAGAUCUGAUGUCUGAAGUCUUAUGGACAGCUCUGACGUCAGGCAACAGAGCUGACCUAAUCUAUGCAUCUUGCUAGCAGUAUCUUCCACAACAUCCUGUCCUCCAUCCAUCAAUCUCUAAAUAGAGGAGCAUGUUAAAUAUUUAUUAUAGUCAUUACGCAGAUUGACCCUGCCCACUGCCACUUGGGAACACAAGAACAUUCAGUGGGUCAGAAGGUUUAGCCCAGCAGGGUAGCCCUGUUUGGUAACCUUCUGUGGCAACUGGCUUGUUACUGCGGGAAACAGGAUGCCGAAUUAGAUGGGCCUCAGGCCUGAUUCUGCACUGGGCUGUUUUUAUGUUCCUUCUGAAUUCAAAAUGCAAGAAUUGGGGGUUUUCAGGCAUAAUCCAUUUAGUAACAAAUGUACUGAUAAAAAUUAUUGUAAGACAAAACAUCAAGACAGACGUUGGGUGUUGUUCCCCAGCAGCACUGUUCUUUGGGCUAUUUCAGCUUAAGGUUAAUAAGGUAAAAUACUCCUGUAUUGAUCUCAAUUAUUCAAUUUAAUUAUAAAUACUGCAGUAAUUAAUUUACUUUUCUAUGGCCAGCUAGUCCAGCAAUGUUGCCUGAGUUAUGGAUUUUCCAGUAAAUGAAUUGGCAGACUCUAUACUGCAGCUGUAGUUCAAGGAUAAUUCACAUCACUUAAGCAGCCUUCUAAAAGUACCUGUUUUUUUGGUAAUGAGGUUCCUCUUUGUUCAUUGUGUAAUAUGUGCUGUGCACCAGGGAUGCUGAUUUGGCUGAGGCAGAUGGUAGGAAACAGUUGAAUGGUAUAAGGAGAAGAAGAGAUUAAAGAAAGGUCCCAGCCCCUUAGCUAGUCUUUCAACCACAAUGCACUAUCAAAUCGCAGCUGGCUUAACGCAACCCGCUGGGAUUUUCAA